UUACAGACGUAGAUGGUCAAAAAGUUGAAAAACAAGUUAUCGCAGUCAUGCCAGCAACAAUAUCGGUACUCAUUUUCAAUGUGAAAGGCUUGGGGGCAGCCUUAAAAUCAUUAGUUAUUUUUAAAACAAUGUGUCGGUAAUUUAAACGAAACGAUUCAUGGCGAAAAUGAUGAGUUUUAGUGAAUGUUGUGUUCAUUACACGUGUAUUUAUUUAUUUUUAUUUAAUCUUAGUUUGUUUAUCGAUUUUUCAAACGCUUUCCAGUCAGGAAGAUACAGAAGACAGAGUCCCAACUGCAAUCCAGACCAAGAAUUUCGAUGCAAUAAUGGCCAAUGUAUCGAUAAAUCACUCGUUUGCGAUGGAGUAGUCGAUUGUGCAGAUACCUCAGACGAAACACAGAGUGUUUGUCACGAUUUAGAUUGUCCGAGGUACAGCUUUAGAUGCGGUUAUGGAGCUUGUGUAGAUGGUGCGGCGAAAUGUGAUGGCAGAUUGGACUGUGCUGAUAAAUCAGACGAGUCGACGAUCAUUUGUCCUUAUUUCAGCUCGCAAGAAGUUUGCAAGAGAUCCGAAUUUCAGUGCUUUUCUAGUCAGUGUAUUGAUAGCGGUUUACUUUGCGAUGGAAACAGAGACUGCAAUGAUGGUUCAGAUGAAACGUACCUCAGAUGUCAAAAUACACCAUGCGAUAGCAGACGAUUUUUCCAAUGUGAUUACGGAGCUUGCAUUGACAAACGAUACCGUUGCGAUGGAAGAAAACACUGCGUGGAUGGAUCCGAUGAAUCUCCUCGAUUAUGUAACACGACCAUCGCAACCCCUCCUCCUUCAGUAUCAGUAAUAACACCUAAAAGAACACCCCCAACGCCUGUAACACGACCUACACCAACACCAUCCUCAUCACCACCAACACAACCACCACCACCACCACCACCCGUUCAAUCUGGUCUAAAAGAAGGCUCUUGCCCUGAAAUUCCACCAUCUCCAGAUAAAAUCAUUACGUACCAAUGUAGAAAGAAAACUGGAAAAGCUUGCUACGAUGGUGACAGUCACGUUGAAGAAAUAACAAAAGCUAAAAUUUCAUGUACUUCUCAGUAUUUGCCUGAGAAAGAGGGAGAAAUGAAAUCUGUAUGUGCGGAUGGAAAUUGGACUACAAUACCUAAAUGUCGAAAAAUCUGUGAUAAACUGAACCCAGUGAACGUUGACUUAACGUGCUAUCGCGAAGGUUCAAAUUUAGAUUGUGAAGAUUCAUUAAUCGCUGGAACCAAAAUACGACCGAGGUGCAAAAAUUUGCACGUUUAUAAAGACUUCGUCCCUCCUUAUGCGGAAAUGGUCUGCCAAGAUGAUGGAAGAUGGGAUAAUCUUCUGUUCUCAUGCGUGCCAGAAUGCGGACGUUCAUACACCAAUGCGAUAACCCUAAUCACACAUGGAACCAAAGAAAGCUACGGCGAUUCGCCCUGGCACGUGGCUGUGUACAAUAAAAACAAAACUUUGAUUUGUGGCGGUACCAUCAUAAGCCCUUAUUUAAUCCUAUCAGCUGCGCAUUGUUUCCACGAUCGAGUCAACAAUAUAAAAUUGAGCGCUUCUGAUUACGAAAUUGCCGUGAGUAAAGUUACAAGAAAUUAUUCAGUAAGGGAUAAUGAAUCUCAGAGAAUGCAUAAAAUUAUAGAAAUACGUUUUGCUCCGGGAGGCUACAAUGGUAACAUAGAUUUUUUCGCUAAUGAUAUCGCAAUAAUCAUUUUAAAAGACAGAAUUAGUAUAACGUCGACUGUCUUACCGGCUUGCAUGGAUUGGAUACAUAAUAGCAAAGUACCCGAGUUUCAAAUCCAUAUUCCAGAAGGCACACCAGGAAAGGUUUCUGGUUGGGGUAUGAACGAAUAUGGGAAAUACAACGAGAGUUUAUUCGGUGCACAUUUACCAUACAUCAGUCGUGAAAAAUGCAUCAAGUCAGUGCCACGUGACUUCCAAGCAUUCAUAACAUAUGAUAAAUUCUGUGCUGGAUCUGAACAGGGUUCGGGAGUACUCCAGGGUGACAGUGGAGGUGGAUUACUGUUUCGUGAAGGAAGCUUUUUCUAUAUUAGAGGCAUUGUUAGCUUGAAGCAGCCAUCGCAAACAGCGUUGGCAGCUUUUACCGAUGUAGGAAUGCACGUUGAUUGGAUUUUAUCAGUCAAAAAUGAAAUUGAACGAUCGAAUCUGGAUACUAUUUCCAUCAGGGGUUGAAGUCGUUGAUGUAAUUUAUGCCAUUUUACCUAAUAGUCAAAUAUUUAUUAUUUAUAUUUUAAAGUGAUCAUAGAACAAUUAAUUAGGUACCUGUGUACUUAUCCUACCUAUCUAUCUGUCUUAUUUUCAAAUUUUUUACCUGUGUGUUUUUUUACCGAAUAAUUUUGUACUUCCUGAAAAUAAAGAAAAUUAAUGUUUUAA